AAAAAGGAUAUAAUGGCUUCUAUUCCACUGGUGCUGCUACUUUUAAUGUCUUCUUCGGCGCUUUACUGGGCAGUUUAUACCGGACCGUUAAAACCGGAAAUGUCCAACGGCACUUUUCAUCACUUCUUCGUACCGGACGGUGAUUAUGAGGAUAAUGAUGACCCCGAGCAAUGUCAAAUGCUUUUUAAAUUCGCAGACCGGCGUGCGUGUGGUGUCCAUCACGACGACGACAGCGAUUCAGUGGUACGUGACGACUUUAUCAUCGUGAAGCACCAAAUUGAAGACGCCGCAAGGUUGUUGGAAAGCAUGGGCAUGAGUAUUUCACACGACCUGGACGGAGAGGAUAGCUAUGAGAAGUUUCUCACUGGGGAGAUCACUCAGAUCUCUGAGGCUUUUACAAGCGUGGAGAAAUCUCUCCUGGAGUUGGAGGUGAAGUUCAAACAGAGUCAAGACAACGAUCUGAGAGGGGAGAGCCAGCUCAAUGACUACGUUCUGAAGCCUAUCUAUGAAGUUAAGGACUCACUGAGGGAGACAACGGACAUUUCAUUGGGACUCAGAGAUAAACAUGAACUGUUGUCUCUCAUUGUUCGCAGUCAAGGGUCAAGGUUGCGUCGCCUCAAGACAGAUUAUCUCAAUGUAUAG